GAAUGUGUAAAAAUAGAAAACUGAGCAGUUUUUUAUUAGUUUUCAUUUAUACUUAUCAGUUUCCCUUAUUUACGGCAUUAAAAUCCUUUUUUCUACUUCUUGGGAAGUCUCUGAUCCUUCUUUACUUCCAGUCGUUCCAAAAUCCCUUCCUUUUUACUGACUUAUAGAAUUCUUGUUUUCCCUGUACGUGCUAAUCCUUUUAGCUUCCUUUCAGGGAAAGGAAUUUAAGAUUCCAAAAGACAAGAAAGAGUCUAUCCGUGUGGGUUCCCAAGAACAUGAACGAGGAAUAACUUUAAACCACUUUUUCUUUUGAACUUAUAAGAAUUCAAAGUAUCUCCAUUUGUUUAUUUAAGAAGUUCUACUGUGUACAGUGAUCAUCAUCACAGUCAGAAAUUGAAAGGAAAAAGAAGAAGAAGAGAUUAAUCCAAGUUAUCAAUGGGAGAAAAAAAUAAUGUGGUGAUCGUUAUAAGCGAUGAUGAGGAAGAAGAAGAUAAUGCAGCAGCAGAGCCUAUAACUAAGCAUCGGAGGGUAUUAAAUCCGGAGCCCCAGCAACCCCAUCUCCAGCCUCAUGGUGGUGAUGAUGAAAAUCCUCAGUCUUUUGCUAGAAAUUAUCAAUUAGAAGCAUUAGAGAAAGCAAUGAGGGAGAACACGAUUGUAUUUCUAGAGACUGGUUCAGGGAAAACUUUGAUUGCGAUUAUGUUGCUUCGCAAUUACUCUUACCUUCUCGGAAAACGCUUAUCAUCGUCGUCUCAACAUCACUAUAUCUCUGUGUUCUUAGUCCCUACAGUUGUAUUGGUCACACAACAAGCAAGGGCUGUGGAGCGGCACACUGACUUGAAAGUGGGUAAACUUUGGGGAGACUUGGGGGUGGAUUUUUGGGACGCUGCCACAUGGAAGAAAGAGAUUCAGAAACAUGAGUUGCUUGUGAUGACACCCCAGAUUUUACUUGAUGCUCUGCGUCAUAGCUUUCUGAAGCUAGAUGUAAUUAAGCUAUUGAUAUUCGAUGAAUGUCAUCACGCAAGAGGGAAACACGCCUAUGCUUGUAUCAUGACUGAAUUCUACCAUCCGCUUCUGCAUACACAGUCCAAUCUGGUUCCUAGAAUUUUUGGAAUGACUGCCUCCCUUAUCAAUACCAAAGGAUCAAGCUCCAUUAACUAUGGGAAACAAAUACUUGAACUCGAGCGUCUUAUGAACUCAAAGGUUUACACUGUUUCUCAUGAGUCCAAUUUGGCUGCGUAUGUACCAUUUGCUACUACAAAACUGAGGUUUUAUGAACAUGUGGAUAUGCCAUAUGCGCUGUCUUUCACACUUGCCAGUAGCUUGGAGCAAGCAAAGUUCAAGAUUGUAAAUUCUCUGAAAGAGUUACAACUUGACGAGAAAGCGGAAGAGUCUGCGUUAAAGAAGGUUUCAAAAUUAUUUGGAACUUUCAAGUACUGUUUAACAGAUCUUGGUGUUUGGCUGGCUCACAAGGCUGCUGAUUCACUGUCUUGUGUAGAAACUAAUCAUUUUUUCUGGGAGAGUAACACAGAUGGGAACGUUGAGAGAGUUAUGAGAACUUUCAGUGGAGAUGUGUUUCGGGCCUUUUCACCCCACGUGCUGUCUGAUAGGAAAAUUGGUGAUAGUCUGACUGAAGAUAUGGAUGCUGGCUUGUUGUCUGCUAAAGUUAAAUGUCUUAUUGAAUCACUAACUGCGUACAGACACAUUAAAGCAUUAAGAUGCAUAAUAUUCGUCGAGAGGGUUAUAACAUCCGUAGUUCUUCAGUCUCUACUGAAUGAAGUGUCAGAAUUGAGUUGCUGGAAAACAGCUUACAUGGCUCGGAAUCAGUCAGGGUUGCAAAUUCAGAGUAGGAAAAAACAGGAUGCAAUCAUUGAUGACUUUCGUAAAGGCAUUGUGAACAUCAUUGUUGCCACCCAGAUACUUGAGGAGGGUCUUGAUGUUCAGAGUUGCAACUUGGUCAUAAGAUUUGACCCAUCAGCGACCAUUUGCAGCUUCAUACAGUCGCGCGGGCGUGCAAGAAAGCAUGGGUCAGACUAUGUAUUAGUUCUAAAGAGUGGGGAUGCUUCAACCCUUUCUAAAGUAAUAGGCCAUCUAGCAGGUGGAGAAAUUAUGAGAGAGGAGUCUAUACGCUAUGCCUCCUUGCCAUGUGCACCUUGUGAACAUGAAAUGGAAGACAACGAUUUUUACCGUGUUGAAAAAACUGGAGCACUUGUUACUCUGAACUCUAGUGUUGCAUUGGUAUACUAUUAUUGCUCUCAUCUGCCUUCAGAUGGGUAUUUUAGACCGGCUCCCAGGUUCUUUUUCGACAAGGAUGUUUAUUACACUCUACAUCUUCCAAUGAGUUCCCCAAUACAAACGGUUUCUGUUCAAGGUCAAAAGAAUAUGGUAAAAAACAUUGUGUGCCUUGAAGCAUGCAGGAAGCUACAUAACAUUGGGGCUCUGACUGAUAACCUUUUACCAGAAUCAGUUGUGGAGGAAGCUGCAGCUCAAGAAUUUGGAUCUGUACCUUAUGAGGAUAAGGUAGUUGAUUAUUUUCCUGCCCAAUUGGUCAGCCAUUGUGAAUCCUCUUCUAAGGAGGUGUAUCAUUUUUAUUCAAUUGGCUUAAAGCAAAAUUUUGAAUAUGAUGUUCCCUUGAGAGAUAUUAUUCUCCUCAUGAAGUGCGAUUCUAAAUCUGAUUUUGAGGAUUUAGAUUUUCAAUUAGCUGUUCGUAGGGGUUUCGUCGGAGUGAAAAUAGUGCACUCUGGUACUAUUUAUCUCACCUCAAGUCAGGUUCUUACGGCUAAAAAGUUCCAACUCACUCUACUUAGGUUUCUUUUGGAUCACAAUUUGGAAAAAUUGAAAGAUGUAAUGGACAAAAAGGGUACCAACCCAGUGAUUCACUAUUUACUUCUGCCAUCAGUUGAUUGUGGCCAGAAAGAAUCUCCAUUAAUUGAUUGGGAUUGUGUUAGAUCUUCACUUUUCCAAUCCCCACUCGUUCCGUGGAGUGGAAAUGUUCAGGGUGAUAUCAGCAAACUGCAUAGUUGCUCUGCUAAUGGUUGUGUUUGUUGUUUGCAUACAAAGGAUGGUGUUGUUGGCAGAUCCAUUCUAGAGAACUCAUUAGUAUUUACUCCCCACAAUGGGAAAAUAUACGGCAUUACACGUAUCUUGGAUGACAUGGAUGGAAACUCUGUUAUGGAUAAGCGGCAGGUUGAAACUGUUACAUACAAGAAGCAUUUCAGAACCCAGUAUGGUGUCAACUUGUGUUAUGCUAAGGAACCACUACUCCGUGGGAGACAGAUUUUUACAGUACAUAAUUGGCUUCUAAGGCAUAAAGAAUUCAAGGAGAAAGAAAUCAGUAAAGCUUGGGUUGAAUUGCCAUCUGAGCUUUGUGCUAUUAUUAUGUCUCCAAUAACCAUUGGUACCCUGUAUGCAUUCUCCUUGGUUCCUUCCAUUAUGCAUCGAGUCGAGUCUAUACUUCUUGCUCGUAGCCUAAAAAAAAUACACUUGGAUCACUUCCCAAAUCAGUAUGUUGUCCCAACCAUGAAGGUUCUGGAAGCAAUUACAACAAAGAAGUGUCAAGAGGAAUUUUCUUUGGAAUCACUAGAGACUCUAGGAGACUCUUUUCUCAAGUACGCUGUUAGUCGACACUUGUUCAGAUCAAAUAAGAAUCAACAUGAGGGACUUCUCACAAUCAAGAAAGGAAGAAUGAUAUCCAAUGAAGUCCUUUGCAUGCUGGGAUGUGACCGCAAACUUCAGGGAUUUAUUCGGAACGUAUGUUUUAAUCCUAAGGAGUGGGCAAUUCCCGAUGAGCCUACUUGCUGUAUCACGUUGGAUGAAACUGUUAUUUCUGCAGAAAAGAUAUACAUUAAGGGAACAAGGUAUAUGAGGAGUAAAGUAGUUGCUGAUGUCGUUGAAGCUCUAAUUGGAGUAUAUCUCAGCUCAUGCGGUGAGAUGGCAGCUUUACAAUUUAUAGAUUGGCUGGGGCUGAAGGUUGCGUUCUUCUCUGAGCAUGAUCAGCUACAUAAUGAGACUACAAUACCGUUGAUUCAUCCGGAGAGGCAUGUUAAUAUAAGCCAUCUUGAAUCUGUUCUGAAUUACUCGUUCAGAGACCCUUCUUUACUGGUUGAAGCGCUAACCCAUGGUUCAUACCAUCUCUCGGACGUUCCUAGAUGCUAUCAGCGUUUAGAAUUCCUUGGUGAUGCUGUUUUGGAUUACCUGAUCACUGUAUACAUGUAUGAUAAAUACCCUGGAAUGUCCCCGGGAUUGUUAACUGACCUUAGAUCAGCAUCAGUAAACAAUGACUGUUAUGCACAUGCUGCAGUAAAGGCUGGCUUGCAUAAGCAUAUUCUGCACGCAUCCUCUAAGCUUCACAAACAAAUAGGAAUAUUUGUUGGUAGUUAUGAUCAAUCAUCAUCCGAGUCAACUUUUGGAUGGGGUUCCGAGGGUGAUUUACCAAAGGUGCUUGGAGAUAUUAUUGAAUCCUUGGCAGGGGCAAUUCUGGUCGAUUCCCAUUAUGACAAGGAUGUCGUGUGGGCAAGCAUAAAACACCUACUGGAACCUCUGGUUACGCCAGAGACAGUGAAGCUGCAUCCAGUGAGGGAGCUACAGGAAUUGUGCCAAAGAAAUAAUUUUGUCUGUGAACGUAGUGUAUCAUUUGACAAGGGCAUUGCUUCUCUUACUAUACAAGUGAAGGGAGAAAGAAUGUCAUACUGCCAUACCUGCACAGGUGCAAAUAAGAAGAUGGCGAAAAAACUGGCUUCCAAAGCUGUGUUGGACUACUUGAAAGGCCAAUCAACUCCAGUUGUUGUACAGUAACAUUUAACUUCCAUUGUAAAUGACUUGUGUUUAUAGAUUAUUCAUUUCAACAUUUAACAACAAAAAUUCUUGCAAACUAAAAA